AUGACGGCAGUAACGUCAAAACACAGCGAUACGCUCGCUCUAUUGACAGGAACCAACACAAGGACUCUUUUAAGAGUUCUCAUUCUUUUCUUCAUCGCUGGCGCAGCUAUCUCCAGUCGUCUCUUUUCUGUGAUUCGCUUCGAAAGCAUCAUUCACGAAUUCGAUCCGUGGUUUAACUUCCGUGCGACCAAGUACCUCGUGGCCAAUGGAUUCUACAAUUUCUGGGAUUGGUUUGAUGACCGAACAUGGCAUCCUCUUGGACGAGUUACCGGAGGUACCCUCUAUCCUGGUUUGAUGGUGACCAGCGGCGCCAUCUACCACGCUCUCCGUACGCUCACUGUCCCCGUCGAUAUUCGAAACAUCUGCGUUCUUCUCGCCCCUGCCUUCUCUGGCUUGACCGCUUAUGCCGCCUAUCUCCUCACUAACGAGAUGACCACAACGCCAUCUGCUGGUCUCCUUGCUGCGGCCUUCAUGGGAAUUGCCCCUGGCUACAUUUCCCGAUCCGUCGCCGGUAGUUACGAUAACGAAGCCAUCGCCAUCUUCCUCCUCGUCUUCACCUUCUACCUCUGGGUCAAGGCUCUGAAGAGGGGUUCCAUGAUUUGGGGUGGUCUUUGCGCCCUGUCCUACGGCUACAUGGUUGCGUCGUGGGGUGGAUAUGCCUUCAUUACAUGUCUCCUACCCGUCCAUGCUUUUACUCUCAUCUGCAUGGGCCGCUACAGUGAUCGCCUCUACCUCAGCUACACGGCGUGGUACUCUGCUGGCACACUGGCCAGUUUCCAAAUUCCCUUUGUUGGCUUCCUCGCUGUUAAGACCAACGAGCACAUGCCUGCGCUUGGUGUUUUUGGUCUCCUUCAAGUGAUCGCCUUCAUUCUCUUUAUUAAGCGUGUCAUUCCUGGUCGCCAAAUCACCACCAUGGCUAUUGGUGCUGGUGUAUUGACCUGCUUGAUUGGCUUGACCGGCCUAAUUCUGCUGACCUCUCUUGGUUACAUUGCACCUUGGGGCGGUCGAUUCUACUCCCUGUUCGACACUGGUUAUGCCAAGGUUCAUAUUCCCAUCAUUGCGUCUGUCUCAGAGCAUCAGCCCACCGCCUGGCCCUCAUUCUUCUUUGAUAUGAACUUUCUCAUCUGGCUCUUCCCCGCCGGUGUUUACAUGUGUUUCCAGAACCUGCGAGAUGAGCAUGUCUUCGUUGUCGUCUACGCCAUGUUUGCAAGCUACUUCGCCGGUGUCAUGGUCCGUCUCAUUCUUACUCUGACCCCUGUUGUUUGCGUUGCCGCUGCUAUUGCUGCUUCUCAGCUCCUUGAGACCUACAUGCAAAUCAACCAGCCUGAGCCUUCGGCAGAGGGUCAAACCGAGAGUGCCGAAAGCUCCAAGAAGAACAAGGGCUCUCUCCGCUCACUUUCAAAGCCAUCCGUCGGUAUUUACACUGUCAUGUCCAAGGUCAUGGUCGUGGGCGCUAUGGUCAUCUACCUGGUCAUGUUCGUCACACACUGUACCUGGGUCACCUCCAACGCCUACUCAUCACCUUCGGUUGUACUGGCCAGCCGCAUGCCUGACGGCAGCCAGCAUAUCAUCGACGACUACCGAGAGGCGUACCAGUGGCUUCGACAGAACACCGAGAAGGACGACAAGGUCAUGUCUUGGUGGGAUUACGGUUACCAGAUUGGUGGCAUGGCUGACCGACCUACCCUUGUCGACAACAACACUUGGAACAACACACACAUUGCGACUGUCGGCAAGGCCAUGAGUUCUAGCGAAGAGGUCAGCUAUCCUAUUAUGCGCCAACACGAGGUUUCUUAUGUUUUGGUUGUCUUCGGUGGUCUUAUCGGCUACUCCGGAGACGACAUUAACAAGUUCCUCUGGAUGGUUCGCAUUGCUGAAGGUAUCUGGCCCGAUGAGGUCAAGGAACGUAACUUCUUCACAGCUCGCGGAGAGUACAAGAUCAACGAGGAAGCUACCCCAACCAUGAAGAACAGUUUGAUGUACAAGAUGUCCUACUACAACUACGCAGGCAUGUUCCCUCCUGGAAGAGCUGUUGAUCGAGUUCGAAACACCGCCAUGCCUUCCGAGGGACCUUCCCUUGAUACACUGGAGGAGGCUUUCACUAGUGAGAACUGGAUUAUCCGUAUCUACAAGGUCAAGGAUCUGGAUAACGUUGGCCGUAACCACGUCGCCGCUGGCGGCUUCAGCCGGGGACAGAAGAAGAAGAAGGCACUCAAGAAGCGAGCUGCUUCCGCCGCCCGCUUGGACUAA